AUGGGCCGUGGCAUCGCUGAAAUCUGGCAGAGGUGGAUUGGUAAUGCUCUCGUUGCGGCUCCUGAUCUCGGUCCUGGUGUUGUGGCUGCAAAGAUCUCGGAUGACACUUCUCUGUCCAAGGCCAUCAUCAUCGACGACGAUGACAGCGAUGAUGAGAUUCGGAAGCCAAAGACUCCCACCUCUACUCGCCCCUUGCCUCGCAUGUUUAGAGUCCCACCCGGUGCUAGCCUUGUUACUCCUCUCAGCGACGACAAGGUUCUGGUGACUCCCACAGCUGCCUGCAACGACUCAAAGAUUAUCGCCGAGUUGGAGAGCGACCAUGAGCAAAGCAUGACCAUCAUCAACCGCACUUGCCCUUUCCCUUCGCCUCAAAGCCUCGAGAAGAGACCUACAGCAAUCGCGUCCAUGAAGCCCGUCAAGAUGGCAAAUUUCGUCAAGGCCAACAAAGUCAAGUCUCCUCGCCACCAUAAAUGCAAGAAGGUCGUUGUCGAUAGCAGCUCGGAGUCCGAUAAAGACAUGGCCAUGAGCCCUCCCACCAUUGGCUCAACCCGCAAGCGCCGUCGCGGCAUCGACUACACCAAAGUGCCCAAUGUCCAAGACUUUGACAACUCUGACGAAGACUUUCGGCCCGAGGAAGAUGAUGGCGAUAGGCGUAUUGAUGAGGUGUUUGCAUCCAAGUAUCCUGUGCUCGAGACGCCUUCAAAGCGUCAGAAGAAGGCCAAGCUUUGA